ACCUUUUACCUAUUGCCAAAUGUCGACACGCUUAUUCACAAAAAUACUUUCGUCCGGUUCGCAUAACGUGCUUUGCAAACCGGCUGUCUUCUCUCUCGGAAAUAAAUUGUUCUCGUCAUCAAAUAAUCAGAAAACUUGUCUAUUCCACGCAACAAAGUCCUUUAAGAUAGUUGGUGCUGCAAUUAAAUCCGUUCGCAAUAUGUCCAACUAUCAGAUAAUUGAAAAGGGUGCUCCCAACUCAACAAAUUACAGCAUUUACUACAAAACUGCUAGUGGUAAAGGUGUCUCGCCAUUGCACGACAUUCCCCUGUAUGCCAAUGAAGAGAAGACAAUUUACAAUAUGGUGGUUGAAGUGCCACGUUGGACAAACGCUAAAAUGGAGAUUAGUUUGAAAAAUCCUUUGAAUCCCAUCAAACAAGAUGUUAAAAAGGGAAAACUGCGUUUUGUGGCCAACUGUUUCCCACACAAGGGCUACAUUUGGAAUUACGGUGCUUUCCCACAAACCUGGGAGAAUCCGGAUCACAUUGAACCUAGCACUGGUUGCAAGGGCGACAAUGAUCCCAUAGAUGUUUUGGAAAUUGGUUAUCGUGUAGCCAAGCGUGGUGAUGUGGUACAAGUUAAAAUUUUGGGUACCAUUGCUUUGAUCGAUGAGGGCGAAACCGAUUGGAAAGUUAUUGCCAUAGAUGUGAAUGAUCCUUUAGCCGAGAAAAUGAAUGACAUUGGUGAUGUUGAUAAACAUUUCCCCGGUCUACUGAGGGCAACUGUGGAAUGGUUUAAGAUAUACAAGAUACCUGAUGGCAAGCCAGAAAAUCAAUUUGCCUUCAAUGGAGAUGCCAAAAAUGCCGCCUUUGCCACCAAUGUGGUGUCUGAAACACACAAAUUCUGGCAGGGAUUGAUAAGCCAACAAUUGGACGGAGGCUCCAUCUCACGGUUAAAUACAACAGUGACCGAUUCACCAUUCCUUACAAAUACCGAAGAGGCUGAAAAAAUUAUAUCCGAAGCUGCCGAAGGUGGAGACGUUGAGGAUGUAACCGAUAUAGUUGAUAAAUGGCAUUUUAUUCAUCUUAAGUGAAACAAACAAGGCUCAACUCUGAUAUUUUUGAAAAAUGUUAACAUAAAAUGGCAUAAAACCCAUUAAAAUACUUAUGUAUGUAGUAUCGUAUGAACACGAGGAAAAGUUUAAGAGGCAUUCUUAUUUAAAACAUAUUACCUAAAUACACAAUGGCAAAGUUUUGCACCGCAAAAAAUA